UCCCUCCCCUCUCUUCCUUCCCUGAAGUCCACAGCCCGGCCGCUUAUUGGUUGUCCUUUCGUAAAUCGCGCGCGGCGCUCGAGCCGCCCGGCGGUGAACCUUCCAAAGACGGACGGGAUGGUGGGUCGGGAGGGGGGGUGAAAAAAAAAGCGACGGUGUGGCCCAGUCACGUGGGCCCUCGCGGAAAUCUACCUAUCAAAACAAGUUCGGUUGGGAUUGAUGCUCUUUGUGACUGCUAACAUCUGAACAACAUGGCUCAACCGUACGGACUUCCACAGAGUAUGAUGGCGAGUUCCCGACCACUGGCACACGAGUUACUUAAUCCCAUAACUAUGAAACAGGUUCCUGAGAUCCUUAGUAUGACUAAUAAGAAGAGUCAAAAUGGCGAAGUGGCUUCUGAGCGUUCAAUGCUGACUGACAAAGCUGUCACACCAUUAUCAGCUGCUCUUCAGGAUGGUGUGAUACAUAGAUUAAAUGGACAUGAUGCAGCAUCUGCUUACAGAUCAUCAGACAAAUUAAAGGAUUUGACUUCUCUUGUAUUAAAUGGAGAUUCAAGUGCACCAGAUGUAAUUCAAGAGACACCAUCCCAGCAUGCUGUGUCUCCAGUUGAAUGCUCCACAGAAAACAGAGGGAACAAAACACCACCUCGAACAACACCAAAAAAGAGUGGCUCUCCAGAAAUUAAAUUGAGGAUUACUAAAACUUAUUUGAAUGGAAAGCCACUAUUUGAAUCCUCACUGUGUGGAGAUCUGCAGAUUAGUGACCCUGAAUCUGCAAAGCUGGAAGAAGAAAAGGAAGAAGAAGAAGGAAAAAAUAGAGAAAAAAGAAAAAGAAAGCGAAGUGUGAAGUAUGAUGCGCUACUUGAACAAAGUCUGGCUCAAGUCACGUUUGCAUCAAAGACGUCCAUUUCUCCUGAAGAACAUGUAAAGCCUAAAGAACAUCAAGACCAUGAAGAAGCCAAAUGUGAAGAGACCAAGGAUAAGGAUGUCCCAGUGAAAUAUCAUGUAGGGGAUAUGGUGUGGUCCAAAGUAUCUGGCUAUCCUUGGUGGGCUUGCAUGGUUUCUUCAGAUCCCCUGUUGAACACCCAUACAAGAGUAAAAGGUCUGAAUAGGGCCAUUUGUCGCCAGUACCAUGUCCAGUUUUUUGGAGAAGCCCCAGAAAGAGCCUGGAUCUUUGAAAAGAGCAUGAUACCUUUUGAAGACUUUCAACAGUAUGAUGAGUUAGUCCAACAAAGUGCCAAACAUGCAAGCUCCAAGGCAGAGAAGAAUAAGAUCCUAAAACCAAUUCCUGCCAAAAUCCGUGGUCAGUGGGAUGUGGGGAUUGCUCAAGCUAAAGAAGCAUUGACAAUGACCCUCGAGGAUCGAAAAGCUAAAUACACCUUUUUGUAUGAUCAUGAUCGGCCACUACUGCCACCUCAGGUUGCAAAGGAGGCUGGGGUUCCAGUUGAAUUUAUAGAGGAUAGGAAAUGGCCAACUGAAGAAUUUCCAAGUAUCAAGGAAAAUCUUGCUGACAGUAAAGGACGGAGGAAAAGAAACAGCAGUGCACCAAAUAAAAGGCAAUGUUCAAAGCCAUUUGAACCGAAGACCCCAGCAAGGCAGUGUGUAAAUAGGACUGUAGAUUGUUUUGAUGGUUCUGCACAAGAUCACUCAAUUGACAGGACAUCUUGUAGAUCAUCAGACUCUGAGAGUGGUACUGGUUCCCCUGUGGCUAAGAGAAAACAAGGAGCCUCCUCUCAGCGGACCAGGAAAUGUGAUACUGCCUUCGCUCAGUUCAUGGCUUUUUGUCAGAAACAUCGAGAUGAGCUGGCUGAGGAGCAUCCAGAUGCUUCUGCUGAGGAGAUUGAAGAGUUGCUGGAGUCUCAAUGGGCUAUGCUUAGUGAUAAACAGAGAGCACGUUACAAUACUAAGUUCUCUCUAGUAACCCCUGUAACUGAGCAUAAAUCUCCUGUUUUGGGUUCAGGUUUUUCAACUAGUUCUCCUGGGCCAACCAGACGCAAGGUUCUACAAGAUUCUCCAAAAAGAACAACUAGAUCUAGUGUUAGCUCAGAAUCAACUAGGCAAAGAAGACUAUCAAGGAAAAUAAUAGAUUACAGGGAGGACUCUCCAGACCGAAUUGGCACCAGCAAGAGAUUGAAGCGGAACUACUACAUAGAUGACAAGUAUGAGUUAAACGAUGCUGACCAGGCAGAGGGAUGUGGAGGUGAUGGUGUUGAAACUGGAGAAACAUCUUGUGUUACUAAUGCAUCCCGAAACAGCCAGUCAGAUAUCAGCAAACUCUCUGAUGCAUGUAAACCACUGAAAAAGCGAAGUAGAGCAUCAACAGCAGAAACUCUGAUACCAGCUGUCAGCAAGAAUCCAUCUCCUUUAACUGUAUUUCCAGAAAAUGAGACAUCAUUUGAUGGACAACUGGAGUCAGCAGAUGAAAGUGCAGAUGAAACUCCAACAGAGGCUUCAUCUGUAUCAUCCAAAAAAUCCCAAGGAGAGCGAGGUGGCAAUGGUACAGCUAAGAAAGAAGGAGUUUGUCAGAUGUGUGAGAACUCUGGUGAACUGAUCCUUUGUGAAGGACAGUGUUGUGGGACAUUCCACUUGGCUUGUCUUGGGCUGUCUAAGUUACCUCAAGGCAAAUUUAUGUGCAGAGAAUGCACUUCAGGUGUUCACUCGUGUUUUGUGUGUAAAAAGAUUGGGCCUGAUGUUAAACGUUGCAAUGUUCCUCUGUGUGGCAAGUUCUACCAUGAAGAAUGUGUGAAAAAGUAUCCCCCAACUGUUUUCGAAAACAAGAGACUUCGAUGCCCACUGCACACUUGUAUCAGCUGCCAUGCCACAAACCCCUCUCACCCCAGGACAACAAAAGCAGGGCGAAUGAUGCGAUGUGUCCGCUGUCCUGUGGCUUAUCAUGGAGGGGAAACCUGCAUUGCAGCAGGGUCUGUGAUACUGACAGCCAACAGUAUUAUUUGCAGCAGCCAUUUCGUUCCAAAAAAAGGCUACAGUCAUCAUGCUCAUGUCAAUGUUAGCUGGUGCUUUGUGUGUUCAAGAGGGGGGAGCCUUUUGUGCUGUGAGUCCUGUCCUGCAGCAUUUCAUCCAGAAUGCCUAAACAUUGAUAUGCCAGAAGGGAGUUGGUAUUGCAAUGAUUGCAAAGCAGGCAAGAAGCCACAUUACAAAGACAUUAUCUGGGUUAAACUGGGUAGCUACAGGUGGUGGCCAGCAGAGAUUUGUCACCCAAGAAACAUUCCGACAAAUAUUCAAAAUAUGAAGCAUGAGAUUGGCGAAUUUCCGGUUCAUUUCUUUGGAUCAAAUGACUACUUUUGGACCCAUCAGGCGCGAGUGUUUCCCUAUAUGGAAGGUGAUAAGGGAAGCAAGGACAACAAAAUUAAAAGCCUCAGCAAAGCUUUUAGAAAAGCUUUAGACGAGGCAGCAGAACGCUUUCAGGAUCUUAAGGCUCAGCGGGAGACUAGAGAAGCUCAGGAAAAUGAGCGUAAUGGGAGAAAGCCUCCGCCAUAUAAACACAUCAAGGUCAAUAAACCUUAUGGAAAAGCACAGAUUUAUACAGCUGAUAUUUCAGAAAUCUCGAGGUGCAACUGUAAGCCUACAGAUGAUCAUCCUUGUGGCUUGGAUUCGGAGUGCCUUAACAGAAUGUUAAUGUAUGAAUGUCAUCCAGCUGUGUGUCCUGCUGGUGUGCGAUGCCAAAACCAAUGUUUUACCAAACGUCAGUAUCCUGAAUCACAGGUAGUCAAGACUGCUGGAAAGGGCUGGGGCCUAAUUUCAAAGACUGACAUUAAAAAAGGAACAUUUGUUAAUGAGUAUGUGGGAGAGGUCAUUGAUGAAGAUGAGUGUCGAGCAAGAAUCCGGUUUGCCCAGGAACACAACAUUGCCAACUUCUACAUGCUAACGAUUGAUAAGGAUAGAAUAAUUGAUGCUGGACCAAAAGGCAAUUAUUGUCGAUUUAUGAACCACAGUUGUCAGCCCAAUUGUGAAACACAGAAAUGGACGGUGAAUGGAGACACUCGAGUUGGGUUGUUUUCUCUUUGCGAUAUUCCAGCAGGGACUGAGCUGACCUUCAAUUACAAUCUUGACUGUCUUGGCAAUGAGAAGACCAUCUGCAGAUGUGGAGCACCAAAUUGCAGUGGAUUUCUUGGUGUCAGACCCAAGAAUGCAACCAAUGGUUCCGAUGACAAAGGAAAACGGGGGAGAAAGAAACUACGGAAACGUAAAUCCAAGGGUGAUGGGAAGAAAGAACAUGAGGAUGAAUGCUUCCGGUGCAGAGACGGUGGAGAACUUGUGCUUUGUGAUAGAAAAACUUGUUCAAAGUCAUAUCACCUGUCCUGCCUCAGUCUUACAAAACCUCCAUUUGGAAAAUGGGAGUGCCCUUGGCACCACUGUGAUGUGUGUGGGAAACCCUCUGUAGUUUUUUGUCAAUUCUGCCCCAACUCCUUCUGCAAGGAUCACGAGGAAGGAACAAUGUUCAGGUCCACAACUGAUGGACGUGCUUGCUGCUGCGAACAUGACCACUGCAACAUGGCAGAUCCUCUGGAACGAUGCAAAAGCCUGGAGACCAAUCCUUCUCUGAAUGAGACAGUGAAGUUAGAGUCCAAGAAUCCCAAAACCAGCAAUCAUAUGCCAGUUGAAAAAGCACAGUGAAUUAUUUGAACUGUAGACACUAUUGGAGAUUGGAUGUUGAUUGAUGAAUGCUAUCACAGGCACUCCACACAACUUAUCAUACAAAGAACUGUUUGCAGGGAAAGGCACUCUUGAUUCGGCUGAGCCAUCUCCAGCAGUUCUUAACUGCAUCUGCACUGAUAAUUCAAGACACUGACUCCAGGAUUCACGCGCAUCCAGGACAGCAAAACUACACAGCAUUAUAUCAACACUGGGAAUCUUUGAAACUGUCCCUCCUAUGAAAUAUUGAAAGUAGGAGGUAGAUUUAAAAGACCAAAUUACAAAAUGGGAUUGAAAGUAGAAAAAAUAGCAUUUAUCAGUGAUUAAAAUUGUUAGAAAUAUGAUACUGAAAAAAAUGACACUAUUAGUUGCUCUUCAUUGUGUUUGUAUGCCUUAGUGUAGUUUACAUUAAUAGUUCAGUAUCUUUUGUAACUCUGCUGGUCUUUAUUGCAGUGCAUAGAUAAUCACUUGUUCAGUGUUUUAAAAUACCUUCUCUUCAGGGCUGUUUGAACUGUUUAAUGUGUGGUUGCAGGGAUUGAAACUGUAUUACUGUAACCAGUAAAUGCAGCAAUUUGUGGGUAUUUUACUGGAAAAACUCUCGUCAGGCAAGUUUUAUUUAAACCAAUUGUAAUAGUAACAAAUUAUGUUUAAUCAGUUAUGUCCCAAACUGUGAACCGUGUUCACCUCAAUUGAAAAUAAUUUAGAUUGGU